AUGAGGGCUGGGAGAGGGACCCUGGGUGUUUGCCUGGCCCGUGUAAAGCAGUCACAUGGAGGUGACCUGGACAAACUAGCAUGUGGCCUUAAGAAAAGAAGUCAGAAGGGGAACCCCAGCCCAUCAGAUGUGCCUUUUUGGACAGACCAGCCUAUAGCAGAUACCCAUGGAAAGUCACCGGCCACGGCGGCAGCAUCCUCAGAAAUGAAGGAAGAUCACAGCAAGGCCAGCCGCGUACUUCACAGUGGCUUCAAAGAGCCUCAGUCUCUGAAGGGAUCAGUGGGGAGAAGUUCAGCUCCAGCAGCCUCCCUAGGCAAGGCUGCAGCUCGAUCCUCUGCUCCUUCAGAAGCUGGGGUGUCCGGUGACAUCUGGGAUGCACUAGGAAGUGACUGGCCAGGAAGAGCGCUCAGAGCCACACACAGCCGUGGACAGAACCUCAAAGGAGAGUCCUGGGUGUCAGGAUGGCCAGGCCAUCCAAAACUGAGGGAAAUGGGAUUCCUCAGAGGCGAACCCCUAAGUGCUGUCCCCAAGGGGCUAGGCCCCGGGUCAGAACUGUCUUACCAAUACUCCAGGCUGUGCCAGCUACCGUGUGCUCACACCCAUUACGAAGUUCUCCCAGAAGACAAGACGAGAUGCGUGUCCCUUGACCGGUUAAAUCGUGUGUUUUCAGAGGAAACAGUAGAAGACGAGAAACCACUCUCAAGUACUUCAGAUGGUCUGCAGAUAGUCGUGGGGUCACUGGCUCAGCAAUCUUCCAGAUUAGCAAGUCUCUGAUGCCAUAGUUAAGGUUCAAGCAGAACAAUAAAAAUAGCAGAUUAAUUUUAAAGGUUGUCUUAAAGUUUCUUUUGCAUUAAGUCUGGCGUACGCUGCAGCCGUUCCUGCUCUGAUUCCUGUGAUCAGACACACCUCGCCGGUGGAUGCAGAGGGAUGUUUUCGAAGAGCCCCCUCCCCCGGGGAAGCGAUUGAUCCCCCAGCAUAAGAUCAGACAGGAACCAUUUAGCACAGAGUUCUAAAUCAUGGAGACCCAUCCUCAAGGGCUAGCGUCCAGAUGCUGCCUGCCUCAGCUCACUCGGCCCCCGCUGGAGGUGGAGGUCCACAGGCUAUGCCCUCCGCUUCCUGUAGGCCUCGCUUCGGCCAUGACGAGUCUUGCCAUUUCUGCUUUGGACAGACUCUGUGACCUGCAGCCAGAAGUCCCUGAUGUCCCCUUCUCACUUCCCCUCUCCUACCGCCUGAGUUGCAGUUUUUAAUGGAGGCACUUUGGAGAAGUUGCAAUAUUAAAUUUAGGAUAAUUUCAAAUUACAGAAGAGUUUGAGGCUUUUCUGCGGACAGAACAUAGACGGCAAAUGAAGUGUUUUCCUUGACCCCGCCUGGCCCAGGAUUUGUCAUCUCUUUUAUAUUAAGAUUUUUUCCCCCCUGAAGUAACUCUCCCUUUGUGGUUUGUUGAUAACUUUAAUAAAGGUCAUUUAAAGAGUGAACAUUUUAAAGCCUCCCUACCCAAGAUAGAGUUAAAAACAGCCAUGGGGGCGGGGCGGGGCAGGAACCAGACUGUAUAUGUCAUUUAUAUUGUGUCUUAAAUUACAUGCCAUGGGCUAUUUUAGUGUUUUGGGAUGAUAAUAAAAUCUGUUCUUUAGCAUAAUAAAUAUGUUUAUUUUGUGUG